AUGGAUAACGGAGGAGAACCGAACUACUCCAAUGCCUUCCCUGACGUAAGCCCAGCUGAGAUGCAUCAACAGGGUAUGAGCCCAAAUCACGCAGAUGCGACUGCCGCUCAUGAUGCGCAAGGUCAUGCUGGAGACACCACAGUGGUGGCUGGUGGUCAGGGAGCAGCACAGGUGCAAGAGACGGAACUUGCUGUGAGGGCGAUGGCGGUGGCAGUGGCCACGGACCAGAGCCCGAGUGGAAGCAACUGGCCUAUGGAUGGCCAAGCGGCCCCUGUGGGAGAGCCGACUCGCGGCCCCACGGAGGCGAUGGGAGUGCCGUAUGGGCAGAUGAAUGCGGCACAAGCCUCGUGGAGUAUGAUGGCGACGAGACGGACGGCCCCGGCUUGGAUUCAGAGGUUGGGGGCUUUCUUUCAGGAGAUGAGGGCGCAGCAGCCUGCCCCUAUGUGGAAUCCUUCGCCGCUCGGGUCGCCUCCAAGUGGUGGCCGAGCGAUGGGAUCACCGGAGUCAGAGCAAGGGGUGUGGAUGAGCCAGGCCCACACGGAUCGACCCCUACUGACCCGUGGUCAAAGGGAACAGCCUCAGAGAAUGGAGCAACGUGCCCCGCUGCUUUAUGGACACCAACAACGAUACGAGGGGGAAGUGGUGGGAGUACGUAUGAAGCGGUGCAAGAUGAGGUCAGAAGACAGCUGCGUGAUGUGGUGGAGCAGUUGGAGGCAGGAGGCCAGCGAGCUAAGGCGUGAAAUGGGCGCUUGCAAGCGACCCGUGAGCUGGAGGAUCAGAGACCUGAGCAAUGGGCUCAGCCGCAAGGCCCGCCGCGAGCUUUGGGAGGGUACCUGGCAGGGGAGCUACGUCUUCAGAAGGACAUACAGGGCCUUCUAUGCCGAGGGCAUCGGGAUCUUCUACGAGCGGGGGAUCGGGCUUGCAAUCGGGUGCUACCACAACAAGUGUGCCGGCGCUGCCUACAGGAUCUUCUACCAGCGGGGGAUCGGGCUUGCAAUCGGGUACUACCACAACCGUUUGGAGAAGGUGAUGAAAGGGGGAACGAAGCCGGAGGAGUUGAGCAAGGUAGUCGAAGGACCGAAGUUGCCGGAGAUUUCAGAGAGCUCUUCAGUGGACUUUGGGGAUUGGCUGUAUUGCUUGGAGCACACGAUGGGAGACAUCUCUACCAACAGUGCAGAGUGGUGGAAGUUGGUGGUGAAAGAUGCUCAGGAGUACUACGACAAGUACCAAGCAGCAGACCAGUAUGGAAGGCUUUCGAUGAAGCCUGAUGUCAAGAAGGAGUUGAUCGCUUCGAGGGCAAAGAGCACCUUAGAUGUCCUGGCUCGGCUGAUGGUGUUGUACCGGCCUGGAAGCGCGAUGGAGAAGGGUCAGCUCCUGAAGAAGAUAGAGACCCCAGAGCCUUGUACAACCACUCAGGAUGCCGUGGAAGGCUUGAGGCAGUGGUUGAGGUACUACCAGAGGGCUAAGGACCUGAAGCUCAGCAUUCCGGACCCCUUGAACCUGGUGAAAGCCUUGGAUGGAAUGCUGAAGAAGCCGGACAACGUGCUGGCUAUCCACCGGGCGUUCUUGGCGGAGUUUGAGCAAAUGGGGUACAAGAAGAAGGCCAAGCAAGGAGGGGACCCUACGCCAGCUCCUCGUUUGCGGGCAAUGGAAAAGGAGCAGCCACAGCUUCCCACGCUGCCGGUGAAGGAUGGCAAGGGAGGACAAAAGCCGUGUCGCUUCUACCUGUCCGAUGAGGGUUGCAGGAGGGGAAAAGGCUGUCGUUUCGAGCACACCAUGAAGGACCUUUCAAAAGCUGAGCGACGAGAUCGCUGCUAUGAGUGUGGAGCAAAAGGGCAUUUGUCGGCCUCUUGCCCUACCAGAAAGGAGCCACAGCAAAGGGCCUUGGGAGUUGGGGACUCGCCUCAGUCCUCUACGGGGGGCACCAAUGGGAGAAAAGGGGGCGGGAGCGCGAAGGGUCCAAAAGGCGCUGGGGCAGAGGAAGCCGAAGCAACCAAUGCGGUCCCAGCGGAAGUGGCGGCUACAGCGACACCGUCCGGAGAUACACCGGUCCAAGGAGUUCCAGUUGAACAGCUUCUGGAGGAUGCCCAAAGGUUGAUGAAGGCCUUUAUGGAGCAGAAGAGCGGACCUCAGGUGAAGGUGUUCCGGGUUGAAGAUGUGAAGACGCCUGAGUUGCAGGAGACGCCGGCCCUGAAGGAGCUCAUGAGGCAAGGUCAGCGUGACGUUGGCUGGGGAGAACACAAGGUAGAGAUGCAGCAGUCGAGGUCGGGAACAAUCCUGGGCUCGGAAGGAACCCAAGCAAUCGUGCCCCUUGGCACCGUGGUGAAGCAGUUGGGCUACGAGUUUGGGUGGAACCGGCGUGGGUGUUUCCUUCGCCAUCCGGACAAAGGCGAGAUCCGGGUGUAUACCAGGUCAACGUGCCCGGAGAUUCUGCAGAAGGAUGCUUUGCGACUCAUUGGCGAGCUGGAAGAAGCGAAGCUGGCAGAAACCAUGGAGUCGUUGGCAACGCUAAAGGCGGCGGUGGCAGCUGCCCGAGGGCAUACACAGUGGACCUGGAAGGAUGCCAUCAAGGAGUACGUGAGUGCGGGGGAACAAGAAGCUGGAGUCCGUGCGGUUUUGGCUGCACCCUUUAUGCAUCAUGUACCAAUGGAGGACCAGUUGAAGAUCAUGGCCGCUAUCCCAAGCUCGAGCGAGGAGGCGUGGAAAUGGAUGAAGUCGUUCCCGCUCAAUCGAGCAAAGAGGAGGCAGUUAUGGCAGGCUCCGGAGUGGGUUGUCCAUAUGUUCUCGGGAAAGGGUGUGAAGAACGACCCGUUGAGAGAAGUGCAAGGACUCCUCGAGAUAGACCUACAGAGAGGAUGGAACCUCAACGACGACAAGAUCUACGGCGUGUUGCUGUGGGCCGCGUUGAACAAGAAGAUCAAGCAUGUGGUGGGAGGACCCCCGGGGGGAACCUUCUCGCCAUACCGUUACCGCGACGGAACUGAAGGGCCGAGGCCGGUUAGAUCGAACCACGAGCCCUGGGGUCUACGAGAAGGCCUGGGUGUGGACGAGUCUGCAAAGGUGAAGAAUGAGAACCGCAUGCUGCUACGUAUGGUGUGGCUGUGGGCCUUUGCGGAAGCGGCUCAGGAUGACCCUGAAGUUCCAGGACACAAGGUGGGCUUCUGCUUGGAGUUCCCAGAGGACCCCAGGGAGUACUUGCCAGAUGGUCCCCAGAAGUCACAGUGUGUGUCUAUGUGGAGGAUGGAGCUCGUGCAAGUCACCCACUUUGAGAAGGUGCAGUUUGAGCAAGGAGCCUUGGGACAUAUGUUGCGGAAGCCCGCAUGCUGUUUGACAAACUUGCGCUUGGGAAUCCAUGGCGUGAGGGACUCGAGAGCGUGGGUCAGUGCAGAUGGUGCCGAUCCAGACCAGUCGGUAUGGCCACACGGCUUCAGACUCACUUUGGCAGAUGCAAUCCAUGAGUGGAACAUUGUGGGUGGGGGAGUCGCGUUGAAAAAGGCCAUGACAAAGACUGAGCUGGAAGAGUGGAGAAACCAUUUGGAUCGAGGACAUUGGCCUUAUCGCAGAGACUGCUCUGUUUGCUUAGCGGCCUCAGGGACGGGAAGACCGGCCAGACGAGUGGUUCAUCGAGACGCAUAUGUUCUGAGCCUGGACAUAGUGGGUCCUUUUGCAGAUGUUGGACGAGAUGAAGUUCGAGGGUGUCGGUAUCGUUUUGCCCUUGCCGCGACCUACCUGUACCCCAAGAUCCGGGAAGUGCCAGAAGAUGCGCCGAUCCCAGAUGAGGAGGAGGCGGAGAAGUUCCUGGCAGAGGAGGAGGAUCAGCCUGAGGAUGGGGAGCAGGGACCAGAGGACCCGGACGCCGACGCACAGGAGGAAGAAUGGAAAAAGAAGGUGGAGGACUUGAGGCGCCCUAUGGAGAUGCAGGCGCUUCGCUUUGUGGUCCCGUUAGAGCGACAUCGCGGAAAGGAGGUCCUCGAGGCGGUCCAAGAGCUCUACAUACGCAUCCGUACUCUUGGCUUGCCUAUUGUUCGGCUUCAUUCGGACAGGGCGAGAGAGUUCAGAGUGAAACCACUCAGGCGGUGGUGUCGUGACAGAGACAUCUACCAAACAUACACAGAAGGACUGGCCCCGUCCCAGAACGCCGCAGCCGAAAGCCACGUGAAGUGGUUAAAGGGGAAGGCCAGGCUACAUCUUCAAGAUGCUGAACUCGACAAAGAGCUUUGGCCGUGUGCAAUGAAGCAUGCAUGCAAGCUUCACAAUGCAAGGGAGCUUGGCGAGAAGGCCCCAGAGAUCAGGUUUGGAGCUGUGGUGUGGGUGAAGUCCAAGAAGGACCGUGGACCUUUUGACCCAAGAUGGGAGCGUGGGGUUUACAUGGGUCCAGCAGACGACGUUCGUGAAGGACAUGUGGUGAGGUUGGACGAUGGUCUUUGGUUACGCACGUUGCAUAUGAGGACGGUGCGUGAUGAUGAAGUGGAGGACGAGGACGACGAGGAGUUUGUCGUGGACCUGGUGGAACCAACAAGGAGACUGCGGAGGAAGACAAAGUUGGCCGACCCAGAGUUGAGGGCCCUUGAUGUGAAAGGCCGAAAAGCUUUGGUGGAGCGGCUGCUUGCCUCAAGCAUUUGGGAGUCGCCAGAAGCAAAGGUGGAGAGACCACAGAUGAAGGAUGGGGAUGCUUGGGAUGGUGCUGCCUACGUGAACCUGGGAGCCUACCAGCACGGAGGUAUUACCAGUAUCACGGUUGCGACGGAGAAGUUUGCCCAGGAGGCGGAGUGGGCGGCCACACUAUUGAGCAUCGACCACCCAGGCAAGGUUUUCACAUCGGUGGCCUUGGUGAAGAAUGCCACAAUGCCCCUACACGAGGAUGCCUUCAACCUUAAGUCCACCGUGAACCUGGUUUCGCCGCUAAGGGUUUCCAAAGGAAGCUGUGUGUGGCAGGAGUUGAAGCCGGGAGAUGAGUUUUAUGGGAAGUAUAAGUCUAUGUGGUUCAAGGAGAAGGAAGUCCCGGGACAGUUGUUCAGUGUGGAAAAGCCAACAACAGUGCGCCCGGACAGACUUCAUGCACCUCUUCGUGGAGAAGAAGGUCUCUACGAUGGUGCCGGCAACGGGGACUACGGCGGUGUCAGGUAUGGAGGUGAGCUCGGGAACGGCGCCAAUGGGGCCAGUUUCGAGUUCAUCGGCGAGCUCAGGUACUGCCCGGAGGGGAGCCAAGAGAAUGUGGUGAUGACUUCGACUCCUCUUAUGCCCUUGGGUCACGAUGAGGAGGAGCACCUGAGGAGGAGGGUGUCGUGGCUCUCGGACCUUGUGGAGGAAGAAAGGCAGGUGCGCCGAGCCAAGGAAGCCCGUGGGGAGUAUGCGAGCCAGAGAGAGCGGCAGAUGUUCUACAAGCUAGACGAGGCCAUUGACUACAUGAACGAGCUGCUCGACAACACGAGACAACAGAACAGGGUGAACCUCAUGAGAAUGGCGGUUGGCAGCAGUGCUUCCGAGAACGUGGAGGAGAUGUUGCAAUCGUUGGGAAAACCCUUGGAGACGGUCCAUACGGUGGACCUACAGGAAGUCAAGAGACACUUACAGGAGUGGACUCCCAGCAUCGCCAAGGAGGUCCAGACUUUGGAGGGAUCAGGAACGCUGCGAGGGCUUCCCCUUCAAGAGGCCAAGGAGAGGGUGAAGGAGAUGGGCCGUUCGAGGAUAGUGAUCUGUGGGAACUACAUUCACAACGAGGUGGAAGUGUACACGGCUUCAGCCAAUGCCGAAAGCGUGAGAUGCUCGUUGUCCUAUGGGGCGAAGAGGAAGUGGCAUGGAGCAGUGACCGACGUGAACUCGGCCUUCACCCUAACACCUAUGACGGAGUCUAAGGUCCGCUACGCGAUCACCAUGCCGAAGGUUGUGGUGGAUGCGGGGUGUGCCCCGCCAAACACAGCUUACUCGGUGGACCGAGUGUUGUACGGACUCAGAGAGGCGCCGCGGUUGUGGGGAAGUUUUAGGGACCGAAGGAUCAGCCGUGCCAAGUUGAAGGUCGGGGACAAACAGUGUGUGUUCCUGCAGAUGGAGACGGACCCAGCGGUUUGGAGAUUGGUCGAGAUUGGCAACGAAUCCCAUACCCUCGCGAUGAUGAUAGUUUACGUCGAUGACGCCAUGAUGUUGGGCCCGGUGGACAUUAUCAAUGUGAUGUACGAGUGGCUUACAAAAGGCACCGAAGAAGAGGGAGGGUGGAAGUGCUCGCCUUUGGAGUGGUUGGGGAAAGAGCCAGUCCGUUACCUGGGGAUGGAUGUGAGGAGAAAAGAGUUGGGGGAUAUAACCAGCUUUCAUAUCUCACAGGGAAGUUACGUUGCGGAACUUCUCAGGAACUACCCAGAAGAGGCGGCAAGGCCUUCGCAGGUGCCAGCAACCAAGGAGAGUAUGCCACAGAACGAGGAAGUCGAUGAGGAGGAGGUGGUUGUGUUUGACGGCGACUUGGUGAAGCAGGCCCAAAAGAUGGCGGGUGAGCUGUUGUGGUUGCUCACGAGAACAAGGCCGGAUGUGGGGUUUGCCACAGCCCAUGUUUGCAGCGCAGCCACCAAGGACCCCAACACGGCGAUUCGGCUGGCCAAGAUGACAAUGAGGUAUUUGGCGGCUACUCCUACGAUGGGUUUGUGCUACGAUGGUCAAGGUGGUCCUGUGGUCGCUUACUCGGACGCAAGCUUCGCGCCACAGGGAGACCGGAGUUUUGGGUGUGUUACCACGGCUACCUAUGGGGGUUUCGCGGCGUGGAGGAUGACAAAACAACCCACAAUAGCUCUUUCGGCUGCCGAGGCUGAGUUGGUGGAGUUGGUGAACGCAAGCCAACAGGCUGCUGGGCUUCAGGCGUGGGUGAAUGAAGUUUCCACAGAAGACAUGGAAGAGCCAAUGGUCUUAAGGGUGGACAACACUGCGGCCUGUGGUUUGGCAACGACUUCACCGGGUUCGUGGAAAACUCGGCAUCUAAAGGUCAAGGCACGACACCUCAGAAUGGAGACCAGCGAAGGGAGGAUUCAUGUGGUCCACACCCCGGGCGAGGUCCAGGUGGCGGAUAUGGGGACGAAGCCAGUUCCAGUUGCAAGGCUGGUGGAGUUACGAAGGCUGUGGGGUAUGUGCACGGCAGAGGAGUUUGAGAAAAAGGACCAGGAGGUGAUCAUCAAGUCGUUGCAAGGCCCUGAGUACUAUGACUUGCUGAGGAUGUUUGUGUGGCUCAUGAUGAUGAACAACCUGCCAGUGGUCGAGGCAGCGGAUGUCUAUCACAAGAAGCCCUUGGACUACGAUGGUAGUUUUGAGUUCUAUGGGCUGUUGUUGAUCGGUGGAGUUGCCUUGCUUGGAAUCUGGGAGACGCUGAAGUGGGUUGCACACAAGAUCUUUGGAGAUGAUGAGAUGACCCUGGCAAAGGCCCGGAGGCUCAUGAGGAUCCGGAAUCAAGCGUCGAGGGCGCUUCAAGAGGAGCUUGCUUCAAUGAGUGCGAGUUCCGCGGAUCCAAUGUAUGAAGAAAAGCCAAAGGUGUUGAUGGGUGGGACUAAGGCGAUGCCGGCGGAGCCUUUGGGGGUGGCUGCUACAUCUAGCGAGGUGUCUACCACUCCGGCUACAACGAGGGCGAUGCCUGCCACGCCAGCUACGUCCAGUGCAGCGCCUACUACACCUGUGGUUCCCAGUGCGGUACCUACAACAGCUGCAUUUAGUGCAGCAGCAAGGGCGGAGGAUGAUCCAGAUCUCAGAGCUGCGUUGGAGCAGGCGCAGAAUGGGCAGUAUCGUCGCUUGAGGAAGAGCUUCGUGAUGUCUGAGCAUGGGGAUAGGCUCCAUGCAGUUCCGAACUGUCAUGGGUUGAGACAUGCCAACAAAACCAGGUUGAAACAGAUGCAAGUUUGCUAUUAUUGUGAUGGCAACUUCCCUCUCUACUACAAGGUGACGCGUGGUCAAGUCCUUCCAGAGGGAUGA